AUGGCAGCCCUCGUGCCUCGAUGGAACUCUGUCUCCAUCACCCGUCAAAAGGCCUUUGAAGAUGCAAAGAAGAUGCAAAAGGCUGUUGUGGAGGUAUGCUCCAAGUCGGGCCAGGAAAUACCGCGAUACCAUCUCUCCGAGCUCAUCGGCAAGGGCAGUUUCGGUCGUGUCUACAAGGCAUCCUCCCAAAUCACCGGCCAGCUGGUCGCCGUCAAGAUCAUCGACAUAGAGGAAAGCGACACGGCCAACCCAAAGCUCGCCGAUACAUACAGCGACCUCAUUAAGGAGAUCAAUGCCCUGCAGUUGCUCAGCGAAAGCGGCGCCAAAAACAUCAACCAUGUUAUCGAGGCACUCCCCGUGGGGCAAUCCAUGUGGAUGAUCACCGAGUACUGUGCCGGUGGCAGUGUUGCGACGCUGAUGAGACCGACUGCUCCUGGCGGCCUGCAGGAGAAAUGGAUCAUACCCAUUUUGCGCGAAGUUGCCGAGGGUCUGAGAUGGGUCCACGGCCAGGGCAUUAUCCAUCGCGACAUCAAAUGUGCCAACGUCCUCAUCACCGAGGUGGGCCAUGUCCAACUCUGCGAUUUCGGCGUUGCUGGUGUCAUCGAGACCAAGUUUGAUAAACGGACUACUUUUAUCGGCACGCCGAACUGGAUGGCACCGGAGCUGUUCGAUCAGUCGACUUCAUAUGGCACCGAGGUCGACAUCUGGGCCUUUGGUUCCCUCAUCUACGAGGUCGCCUCCGGGCUGCCGCCUAAUGUCAGUGAAAACAUUCACUUUUCGAGGCUCGGCACGCACUUGAAGCAGCACACGCCACGGCUCGAUGGCGACCAGUAUUCCGCCGGGUUAAAGGACCUUGCUGCAUACUGCAUGCAGCACGACGCUGCCAAGCGUCCUGCCGUUGAACAGGUGCAGCGACACAAGUACAUCUUCAAGACGGAGGACGCAUACCCUACUUCAUCCUUGGCCCACCUCGUCCGCGCUUUCAAGUUGUGGGAAGCUCAGGGUGGGGAUCGACGCUCGCUUUUCUCAGCCGGCGGUGCUCAAGGUUUAUCUGACCGGGCGUCCACCGCCGCAGACAACAACGACGAGUGGAACUUUAGCACCACCGCUGCUUUCGACCAGCAGCUUUUGCACAACGGAGAUGCGCAGGACGUCUACGACGUUUAUGGGACAGACGUCGAUUUCAGCCAACAAGCCUUUGAGGAAACCUCGAGACCCCAAAAGGGAAAAGCCAGAAGACGGCCGCCGGCUCAACUGCCCUCCGUCAAGGCGCCGCUGGAGAAAGUUUUUGAUCCCAACACCUUGUCAAACUACGAGGACAAUUCAAGAGCAUACUAUGGGCUGCCGUUUCAAGCACCCGUUUCCGACCUGCCACUCCGAGACCAGUCAGCGGCCUCGGCUGACGUGCGAGAGUCUUUAAUCGACCUGGAUGCGUCACUGCACGGGAGUGAGCUUUCUCAGUUUGUUGACUUGGGCACUCUCCGGGCCGGUGACUCGCGUGCCUCUAUGGAUUACCACAUUGGCGAGCAGCUAUUCACCAGGCCGCCUUUGAGCGAUCCGGUUGAUUUGAGCAACAAUCGACGGACGCAGGACUGGAAGUUUCCCACCACAGCGCCCCCUGCCUCGGCAAACCCGGAAACGUUUAGAUUCCCGCUCAACAAUGACGCCACAGCUUCGGCUUCUGGGCCGGCAAGACCACCGUUGCUUCACCACCCCACGGAGCCAUAUCAGACAGUGGUGGCUUUCGACCAGUCAGCGGCCCCUUCGAAUACAAGCACCAUGGAUCACCGCGCAUCGACGGGCAGCCUCAUCGAUCUCGACAUGAGUUUUGCCGACUCCGGAACAGACUACACCAGGCCAUCAACCUCACACUCGGAUGUGGCGUCCAUGAGCGGCUCUGAGAUGGGGGCGGCGAAUCCGUUUGAGCUGGAAAAGCAUGCCUCCCUCUACAUCAUGCCAACGAGCAUUCGAGAACCGUCCAUCUACGUAUCAGACGACUCGGAGUACUCGGGUGCCCUCGGCGACUUUUCUGACCAGCCCUCUGAUAACGAGGAACCUCUGCACCAGGAAGACGGCGGGUCUCGCGCCACCCCGCAGGAUUAUGCGGAUCCUCGGCCCUACUCUCUGAGCGAGUUUGUCGACAUGGAUCCAGAGGAUGCGACACCUCAGCCGACGGCAGGGCCAGAUGUUUCCAACUUUGCCACCUCGACCUCCCGAGCCCCUUCCCCGCAACCGUCCAUUCUCGCGCACACACCAGAUCCGUACCAGGACCAUAUGCUCCCGCCCAUGCCCGUCGCCCCCUCCCCGUUCGUGAUGCAGGGACAGGCCUCGGUAGGUGAUGUGAAAAGGGAGCUGCGACGCUUGGCAAUGAGCCUCGGAGAUCAUCUCAAUCACGCAAAUGCAUGUCUGUCAAACCUGCCCAUCCGAGGAGCUGGCGUGACGAAACCGGAGACCGUCAUUGACAGCAGCUGA